AUGAUUCAUCAAACAGAGUAGUAUAAAAUUAUGAAAGUAGCUUAAAUAGGAGGUGGGUAUACAGGAAAGUCAUCUUUAUAUUUGAGAUAUCUUUAAGGAGAGUUUAUUGACAACCCUAAUUAUAUUGGCGUUGAAUUUUAUACAAAAACUAUUAAGAUAGCAGAGGAACAAAUUAAAUUUUAAUUUUGGGAUUGUCACUUGAACGAAAAAAUCUAUUCUUUAUAUCAAAAUUAUUUUAAAUAAUGUUCAAUAGUUAUGAUAUCUUAUGACAUUACUAAUAGAUACUCCUUUGAUAGAGCGCAAUUAUGGUGUAAAGAUUACAAUUAAAAAAAAUUAAAUAAAGUAGCUCUACUAGCUUUGAUUGGAAAUAAAUGCGAUUUAGAAUAAUAAAGGUAAGUUUCAUAUCAAGAGGGUAAACAUAUUGCAAAGUCUUUAGGAAUGCUAUUCUUCGAAGUCUCCUCUAAAACAGGUUAUUAAGUAAAUGAGCUGUUUGAAAGUUUAAUAAGCUACGUGAUCAAUAUUAAUUGA